CCUAUACAUUGCACAAAUAUAUGACUAUGUAUUUACAAGGAAUUCAAUAAAGAAAAGGUUAUCUCAUGUUAUCUUGGAUGUCAUGUUCAUUUAUUGAGGUGUAUCUAAGGUGUGGGGCACACAUUGAAUAUAAAAGCAGCAGAUACCCUGUUCACAUAUCACUUGGUAAAACAAAGGUAAGCCAGUUUCACUUCGUAUUUCUAUAUUUAUUUUCAGUCAUCCCUCUAGUUGCAUAUUUUCUGAGACAUGUUUUACUGCAAACAGGGACGUUUUAAUUUCAACAGAUUUUAAGAGAAUCUUUGUAUAAAUCGACUAAGGAUGGCUAACAGUAAAGCUGUGGUACCUGUAAACAAUUCUCAAUGGAGCCCAUCAUUCGUGGAGGAUCUUCUCCCUGCUGCAGAGAAGACGGCACUGCUGUACCAUCUCUCGUAUCUGUGCCUGGCCAACUUCCCCAACCUGGAGAGGAUCAUCAGGGCUCGGGCUGUGGAAACCCAGCUUCUGUUUGGCUCCUCUGAUGCAACCAUGCUGAAGUGCAUUUUGACCAGUAAAAACCUGGUUCAGUCGCUGUUUCCCACGCUGAAGACCGCUGUGGAGAAAAAUAAGCCGAUUUUGGCUGUCAAAUACCUAGCAAAAGCACGAGAAUGGAUCAAGGACAUUAUCAAAGAUGUGGACAGGAUCGUGGAAAAGUAUGAUUUACACAACAAAGAUGUUGCAACGUCCACCAGUGAUGUUAUCAAGGAAAAAGCAGAUACAGAGCAAAAGAUGAUAGAAAAAGGUGAGGAGUUGAAGCGGUUUGAAGAGCGUCUGAAAAAUCUGAAAGAUCUACUCAAUGAAGCUAGCAAGGAGCUUGCUGAAACCGAGCAAAAAAUAAAUACGAAAAGUCGUGAGCUUCAAGAAUUUGUACAAUCCGUAACCAAAACCAGUAAAGGCCUUUGCAUCUUCUCUGCACUUGUUCCAUUUAUUGGGAGGAUUGUUAAAAGCAUUUAUGAUGCUGUAAAAGAUCCUGAAAACGUUGCAACAAUGAAGGCUCUUGAAGCUGAACUGAACAACUUAAUGGCUGAAAAGACUGCUCUGAAACAAAAGGAGUCGGAGCUCGAAUUCCAAAUCAUUGACUGGCAGAUGCAGGUCUCCAAAGCCAGUUUUGAGCGAAGUUCCAUACCUGAUCCAAUCCAUCUGAGAGAUGUUCAGAGUAGCUUGUCAAAAAUUCAGGCAAUUCUCAUUCAGUUGAAAAACUUCUGGGAGAGUGUUGCUCAAAUGCUGGACUACUUGGAAGAAUCGACCUUUGUUGGAGAAGAGCUUAUCGAGGACCUUUCUGAACUGAAAGAUGAAUUUCUAGAGUCCAUUAAAGCAGCUGCAGAGGCUUGGGGCUCAUUUGGUGAAGGCUGUAAUAAAGCAUCUGUCAUCUUUAAACUCCACACUAAAGAUGCCUACAAGUUUCUGGAGGUCAGUCCUUCCUCUCUUUCCAAAGAGGAAUGGGAUAAAGAGUAUGAAAGUGUAAAGGAACAACUUGCGGAAUUAAGCCCACUAAAAGAUGUGACAGAUCCUGAAACGCCUGCCAUUGAAAACUGAUCUACACGGGUACAUCAUCUCAUUUAUCUUCUGUCUCGUGAUACAGAUCAUUUGGAUGAUGAUGAUGAUGUAAAUAUAGUAACCUAUUUGUUAACAGAGUUUACAGGGUUCACUUCUAUUUAUAUACCCUCUUUAUUCUUUGAAUAAAAUUUAAUAAUAUAAUUUUUGACUUUUGUUUUUGUUUCAAAUAAUCUUGUAUAUCAGAAUUUUCAAGUCAUAUAUAUAUUGUGUCAUCUCAAACUGCUUUUUAUCUCACUGUAUAGAUAAAAAUGCAAAAACAAUAACAUUAUACAUUUAAAGGAAUAGUUCACCCAAAAAUGAAAUUCUGUCAUGAAAACUACAGUAAGGUUGUAUAUGUUAUCAAGCCUGGUUUAUUGAAGUUAACUGACGCAUCAUUCAGCGUGGGCAGGUUAUUGUUGAUACUACAUUCGUUAGAUAAAAGCAGUAAUCAUCAUAAUUGUGUCUGUAAGAGUAUCAACAGUAUCAACAACACUAGACAUACAUCUUUGUUGUAUUUCAUUUCAGUAUUCUUUUUCAUUUCAUAUUCAUUUAGUUUAUUAGUUAUAUUAAUUUUAUUAUAUUCUACAUUACUUUCUUAAUGUUGUUUAAUCUUAUGUUGAUCCUGUAUUUUCUUUUAAUGCUGAUAUGAGUCCCUAACGGUCUCCAUCCCAUGGUCAUGUAAAUAACAUUGUGUGACCCAAAAAAUGACCCAAUACUGGGUUGUUGUUAUACAACUAUGUUGUCAACCCAGCAGUGUGUUCUGUCCAACAUUUACACAUUAUCGGUCAAAAAUAUCCCAGCCAUUUUUAGAGUGUAGUCAUAGUAAACAUUUGACUCACUAUAAGUGCCUCUGUAACUUCUUGUCAAGAGUCGGACGUGAUCCCCAACACAUAUUUUACUAUCUAUAAAUAUCUUUGCAACUUAUUAACCUCUUCCCUAACCCUUCAGUAGCACACAAGUGUGGCCAACACAUUCUUGCUUCUAGGAAUUUAGUUAACUGUACCUGUGUGCUGGGCUGCAUUAAUGCAUGGACUUACCUGGGCUUAAGACCAGGGCCCCGUGCUGGGAGGGGGCCCCAGUGAUGCCGGAAAAAAAAUAACAAUCGCAUUUUAUAAUAAGCUGAUAGUCCCUGUAAAAUU